AUGAUCCACGAGCUGCUCCUGGCCCUGAGCGGGUACCCGGGGGCCAUCUUCACCUGGAACAAGCGGACCGGCCUCCAGGUGUCACAGGACCUGCCCUUCCUCCACCCCAGUGAGACCAGCGUCUUGAACCGUCUCUGCCGCUUGGGUACAGACUACAUCCGCUUCACAGAAUUCAUCGAGCAGUACACGGGCCAUGUGCAGCAGCAGGACCACCACCCUUCCCAGCAGGGCCAGGGGGGCCUGCAUGGCAUCUAUCUGCGAGCCUUCUGCACUGGCCUGGACUCAGCGUUGCAGCCCUACCGCCAGGCACUGCUCGACCUGGAACAGGAGUUCCUGGCUGACCCACACCUCACCAUAUCCCACGUCAACUACUCCCUGGACCAGUUUCAGCUCCUCUUCCCCUCCUUGAUGGUUGUCGUGGAGCAGAUCAAGAGUCAGAAGAUUCACGGCUGCCAGCUGCUGGAGACGGUACACAAGUACAGCUGUGGUGGCCUGCCCCCCGUGCGCAGCGCCCUGGAACGGAUCCUGGCAGUGUGCCAUGGGGUCAUGUACAAGCAGCUGUCCGCCUGGAUGCUGCACGGGCUCCUGCUGGACCAGCACGAGGAGUUCUUCAUCAAGCAGGGCCCGUCCGCGGGUGGGGCCGCCGCUGCCGCCGCCGCCACUCAACCAGAGGAGGAAGAUGAUGACCUUGGCCUUGGGGGACUCACGGGGAAGCAGUUGCGAGAGCUGCAAGACCUGCGGCUCAUUGAGGAGGAGAACAUGCUGGCGCCGUCCCUGAAGCAGUUCUCGCUGCGGGUGGAGAUGCUGCCCUCUUACAUCCCCGUGCGGGCGGCCGAGAAGAUCCUGUUCGUCGGAGAGUCUGUCCAGAUGUUCGAGAACCAAAAUGUGACCCUGGCCAGGAAGGGCUCCAUUUUGAAGAACCAGGAGGACACGUUUGCGGCAGAGUUGCACCGCCUCAAGCAGCAGCCGCUCUUCAGCCUGGUGGACUUUGAGUUGGUGGUGGACUGGAUCCGGAGCACCGUGGCUGAGCACCUGUGGAAGCUGAUGGUGGAGGAUGCCGGUUUACUGAGCCAGCUGAAGAUCAUCAAGGAUUUUUACCUGUUGGGGCGAGGGGAGCUGUUCCAGGCCUUCAUCGACACGGCCCAGCACAUGCUGAAGACCCCGCCCACGGCAGUCACCGAGCACGAUGUGAAUGUGGCCUUCCAGCAGUCGGCCCACAGGGUGCUGCUGGACGAUGACAACCUCCUCCCCCGGCUCCACCUGACCGUUGACUGUCACGGGAAGGAGCCCAAAGACCCAGCCCAGGCCCGGGAGGGUCCGUCCCGCGAUAGCUCUCCACGUGAGGCACCUGCGGCCGGCUGGGCGGCCCUGGGCCUGUCCUACAAGGUGCAGUGGCCCCUGCACAUCCUGUUCACCCCGGCCGUCCUGGAGAAAUACAACGUGGUGUUCAGGUACCUGCUGAGCGUGCGCCGGGUGCAGGCCGAGCUGCAGCGCUGCUGGGCCCUCCAGAUGCAGCGCAAGCACCUCAAGUCCAACCGCACCGAUGCUAUCAAGUGGCGCCUGAGGGAUCACAUGGCCUUCCUGGUGGACAAUCUGCAGUACUACCUGCAGGUGGACGUGCUGGAGUCCCAGUUCUCUCAGCUGCUGCAGCAGAUCAAUUCCACCCGUGACUUCGAGAGCAUCCGAUUGGCUCAUGACCACUUCCUGAGCAACCUCCUGGCGCAGUCCUUCAUCCUUCUGAAACCGGUGUUCCACUGCCUGAAUGAAAUCCUGGACCAGUGUCACAGCUUCUGCUCCCUGGUCAGCCAAGACCUGGGGCCUCUGGACGAGCGGGGGGCCGCCCAGCUUAGCGUCCUAGUCAAGGGCUUCAGCCGCCAGUCCUCCCUCCUCUUCAAGAUCCUGUCCAGCGUGCGCAACCACCAGAUCAACUCUGACCUGGCCCAGCUGCUGCUGCGGCUUGACUACAACAAGUACUACACCCAGGCGGGUGGCACACUGGGCAGCUUUGGAGUGUGAACCUGCAGUUUCCAGCAGAGCAGGUGCUGUGGCCCUAAGUUAGCAGGGGGAGGGAGAGACGGGGGGACGUUGUGACCAUUAACUUGCCUUGGUCUGUGCCCACAGGCCACACUGUCACCCCCAUACCCUUCUGCCAGCCCCAGCUUCUACUCUUGCCCUCCCCUCCGCCCCACCGGAUGGGAUGGUGGGGAGGACCGCUUCGUCUGGCUUCUCCUGCCAAAGCAUGGGAGGUCCGGUCAGUUCCCCCUCCCCCAUGGGAAUGUGUAUGUGUAUGCAUGAAUGCAGGCAUGUGUGUGCACCCAUAUCUAAGGGGGUAGGAGCAUGUGUGUUUCCCAACUCCCAUGUCACGUAGGCUAUGUCCUAGACACCCACAUCCCCAUCGCUCUCCCGCUACUUUCCCCUUGAGCCUUGCCAACACUCUUGCUCUAAGCUUGGCAGGCAGGGAUGAAGGCAGGAGCAGCGGUCUCCACCUCGCCGUGGCUCAGAAGCUGGAGGACUUGAAAGCAGCCAUUGUAUCCCAGCCGGCGACCUACCCGGGACAGCUCCGUCCUCCGCCACGCGGGUGGACAGAUUGAUGGCCGGGCAGGACGGGAUGUGGCCCUCCAAGCCCUGACCAUCAGAU